CUAUCCCCAAUCUCUGGACAAACCCAAGUUUGCUUAUUAGGGUUCCAUUUCGGCGCCUCUCCUCCCUUUCAUCUCAAGAGCGCCGGCGAUAGCCGUGGUCGAUCCGGAUUCCGGACCGCCUCUCUCCCCAAUUUCUUCGAUCAUUCUCUUUCUCCCCCAAUCUUUCGCAGAUUCUUCUUGACCCUGGGGAGCGAUGAUCGGCGCCAUCCUCCCCCUCCCCGCCCCGCCGUCCGACGGCAAUCUCGGCCCCAUCCCUCCCGCCCAACUCCCCGACGAGAACAACGAUGACAACAAAGCCAAAGAAGACCAACCCGCUGCCGCUCCGGCGCCGGCGGUGGCGACCCACACGAGGACCAUCGGCAUCAUCCACCCUCCCCCCGACAUCCGGAUGAUCAUCGAGAAGACGGCCACUUUCGUCGCCAAGAACGGCCCCGAGUUCGAGAAGCGCAUCCUCGCCAACAACGCCGGCAACGCCAAGUUCAACUUCCUCAUACCCUCCGACCCCUACCACGCCUACUACCAGCACCGCGUCUCCGAAUUCCGCUCCCAGAUCCAAUCCUCCCAACCCCCCGCCGCCGGCGCCGACUCCUCCCAGCAGCAACAACAGCUGCAGCCGCCCCCUCCCCCCGAUUCGUCCGCCCCCGCCGCACCUUCUGGCGAUUCUGCCGCCAAGCCCGACCCCGCCGCCCCGUUCCGCAUCCCCCCUCGGAAGGUCCUCGAGCCGCCCGAGGCCGAGCAGUACACCGUCCGGCUCCCCGAGGGGAUCACCGGGGAGGAGCUCGACAUCAUCAAGCUAACCGCUCAGUUCGUCGCCCGGAACGGGAAGGGCUUCUUGAAUAGUCUCUCGACUCGGGAGGCCACCAACCCGCAAUUCCACUUCCUGCGGCCCACCCACAGCAUGUUCACCUUCUUCACCGCGCUCACGGACGCCUACUCCAAGGUGCUCAUGCCGCCCAAGGGGGUCGCGGAGAAGCUGCGGAACGGCGUGACCGACAUGACGACGGUGCUCGAGCGGUGCCUGCACCGCCUCGAGUGGGAGCGCUCCCAGGAGCAGGCGAGGCAGAAGGCCGAGGACGAGAUCGAGCAGGAAAGACUGCAGAUGGCGAUGAUCGACUGGCAUGAUUUCGUCGUGGUGGAGACCAUCGAAUUCGCCGACGACGAGGAUGAAGAGCUUCCGAUGCCGAUGACACUGGAGGAGGUUAUCAGGAGGAGCAAGAUGUCGGCUUUGGAUGAUCAAGGUCCGAUGGAGACCGUCGAGCCAGGAAAGGAGGUGGAGAUGGAGAUGGAUGAGGAGGAGGUCCAGCUUGUAGAGGAAGGCAUGAGGGCCGCGAGACUGGAUGAGAAUGGCGAGGAUGAGAACAAGAGGAAAGCAGACGCGGCGCCUGCGGAUGAACCGGAGCCACCAAUGAGGAUAGUAAAGAACUGGAAGCGGCCAGAAGAGAGGAUCCCGGCCGAAAGAGACCCGACCAAGUUUGUCAUCUCCCCGAUCACGGGCGAGCUGAUUCCAAUUAAUGAGAUGGCCGAGCACAUGCGAAUCUCGCUCAUAGAUCCCAAGUACAAGGAGCAGAAGGAGAGGAUGAUGGCAAAGAUCCGGGAGACGACCCUUGCCGCCGACGAUGAGAUCUCUAGGAACAUCGUGGGUCUCGCACGAACCCGUCCCGAUAUCUUUGGGACCACGGAGGAAGAAGUCUCGAAUGCUGUUAAGGCGGAGAUCGCGAAGAAGAAAGAUGAGCAGCCGAAGCAGGUCAUAUGGGAUGGGCACUCCAGUAGCAUUGGCCGCACUGCGACCCAAGCCUUGUCCCAGAGUCUUUCCGGCGAGGAACAAGCGGAUGCUAACAAUACUGAUGCUGAGAGGACUCUUCCAGGCCCUGCUCCUCCUCCUCCGAAGCCUGGUGUACCAUCAGUGCGUCCCCUUCCACCACCGCCGGGAUUGGUUCUGAAUAUUCCUCGUUUCCCUCCAAGUGCAGCCCCUUAUUCUGCCGCCGCCGGUGGAGGUAUGGUUGCCCCACCGCCAAGGCCUGGAAUUGGCCCCAUGAUUCCAUCUGUGAGGCCUCCAGCUCCACCAAUGCCCAUGAGUUCAGCCCAGCAGCCUGUUAUGAUGAGCCGGCCGCCGAUGCCCCCGGCGAUCUCGGUGAACCCACCUACUAUUCCUGUACCACCACCCCCUGGAUCACAGUUCACUCCUUUGGUGGCUCCCCGACCAUUUAUGCCCAUGCCACCUCCUAACAUGCCAAUGGUCCUGCCGCCGCCUCUUCCACAAGGGAUGCCACCACCACCUCCUCCUGAGGAAGCUCCUCCACCACUACCUGAUGAGCCGGAGCCAAAGAGGCAAAGGACUGAUGAUGUUUCACUCGUACCAGAGGAUCAGUUCCUUGCUCAGCAUCCGGGACCUGUUCGCGUUUCUGUAUCUGUUCCCAAUGUUGAUGAAGGAAACUUGAAAGGCCAGCUGCUGGAGAUCAUGAUCCAGUCUUUGUCUGAGACUGUAGGCAGUCUUAAGGAGAAGAUUGCUGGAGAGAUUCAACUUCCUGCUAAUAAGCAGAAAUUAAGCAGCCGAGCAGGAUUUCUAAAAGACAAUCUUACCCUUGCUUAUUACAACAUUGGCCCUGGAGAAACACUAACUCUUGCUCUAAGGGAGCGUGGUGGGAGAAAGAAAUGAUCUCUCCUUUGUUGCAUCGGAAGGUCACCAUGGAAUGCUUCAGCCAAUAUGUUGCAAAAUAGAAGUAGUUAUUAGUUAUGGGAAUAUUUGGGUAUCGAUUAGUUGGGAUUGUGUGAUGAUUAUGCUUGAGUUCAGACUUUUGCUUUCAGGAGGGUCGAUAUUUAAACUUACGUGUAUGUUGGUAACCGAUGAAAUUCCUGAUUCUUAGUGCAGCUGUGCAAUUUGUUGUGAUCU